UUUUUUAUGUGUAGACCCCAACUUUUCAUUUCUCUUUUUAAACAUGGAAAUCAUAAGUCAACCUCACCUCAUCAUUUGGUCUUGGUUAAUAAUCUAUCUACUGCCAUGCAUCACUCCACUUUCUUUUUUCUUUAACCUUUGUAUUAUGCCUCUCCUUCCUUCUCUCACAUCACCUUAGCUUUUUCUAUAUAAGCAUCACACAAUUUGAUAUCAAAUUAAAUUCAUACAUUCCAUGGGAAUUCAAGCCAUGAAGGUGCAUCACCUGCCACGUGGACUAAUCUGGGAUCACGACCCCCCUUCUCUCACCCUCGGCUGCAAGCGCUUCCGCCCCCUCGCCCCCAAGCUCUCCACCGCCACCGCCGCCACCUUCGAUCUCAAGAGCUUCAUCAAACCCGAUCAAUGUAGUCCAAGAAGCUCAGACGCUCAGAAGAAAGAAUCAUCUCAGGUAGAGGCGGCGCAGGCGGGCGGAACGCGGUGGAAUCCGACGCAGGAGCAGAUCGGGAUAUUGGAAAUGCUGUACCGGAGCGGCAUGCGAACUCCCAACGCCCAACAAAUCGAGCAGAUCACAGCGCAACUCGGCAAAUACGGCAAGAUCGAAGGCAAAAACGUGUUUUACUGGUUUCAAAACCACAAAGCGCGCGAGCGUCAGAAGCAAAAGCGCACUAGCCUCGGUCUCUCUCCCUCUGCCCGAACGCCCUCUUCCAUCUUCCUAUCGUCGCCCAAUGAGGAAGAGGAGAACAAUCGCUACAAGAGGAAGUGCGUUUUUGACGAAGUGAACAAAUAUUGUAGAGAAGAGGAAGAGCAAGAUAGGACACUGAAGCUUUUCCCUUUGCACCCUGAAGGGAGGUCUUCUUUGAGGGAUUAAUUAGGCUUUAAUUUUAGUCUUAAUCUUAACUUCAUUUAAUCUUCUUCUUUUGUAACUUGCUUUUGGGUUGAUCUCGAGAGAAGAUCCGAUUCCGAUUCGUAAUGUCUUUGUACCUUCUUUUCUCUCUCGUUUUCUUCGAAUGUCAAGGAAAUGAUCUUCUCUUUGUGCA